AUGCGUUUGUCACUCCGUUUCAUGAUGAGUCAAGCAGUUCAAACAUACGAUUAUCUUGUAAUCGGUGGAGGUUCUGGUGGUCUUGCUAGCGCUCGUAGAGCUGCACUUCUUGGCGCCAAAGCUGCCGUUAUCGAACAUGGACGACUUGGGGGAACAUGCGUAAGUACAACUUUAUCAAGCCAUCUUCUAAAGCGAGAUCUGUUUGUUCUGCGGGGCUGGUCAUACGGCAGUGAUAUCGGCCCGGUUUACGCCCAUAAGUUGGCAGAGAUUUCAUCGAUUUUCCAGAGCAUUUUGUCUGAAUGUUGCCUUCCUCUCCGUUUGAUUACAUUUGUCACCCAUCAACAAGGAGGGAUCAAAUUUUGACAUACAAGGUGUAAUAUUUCAGUCAGAGGUGUGAAAAAUACAUGAAGCCUUGACAGCAUCAAAAUAGGCGAGGAUUGUCUUUUGAAUUUUAUUUUUUGCUUCCCACAAAUUCGCAUGUGAUCAAGAUCAGAUGCGCUGAUAGCAUUUACUUUUUUCCAAAACUAAAUACUACAUUAUGAGAUCGAGAGAUGAGUACAGUUCGGUUGCAGUAGUUCGUGUUUAUUUACUUGGUGUGAAAUCUUUUUAAUGUGAGGUGAAUGAAAGGCAAAAAUCAGUAGGUUUUAAACGAUUGAUUUGCAAUUUAAACUGACUGCUUAGAAUAUCCAGAAGAGACAAAUAAGAAGGAAACAACGUGACAUAGCAUUAAAUUAACAUUAAUUUAUUAAAGAAAUAAAUUGCACAGUCAUUGUAGACAACAUAUUCAUCCAUUAUAAUACACUUGUGAACCACUUAAUGUUGUCAGUACUUUUAGUGGUCCGUUGGGUGGGUGGGGGAGCUGAGGUUCUCCCACAUAAUGUAUCUAGAGGGGGUGCCUGGGUGCUCAUGACCCCCUUUUGUGAGAAGCAUCUCUUUUUCUAGCAAGUUGAUAUAUAAGCCAAAAUCCACAAAACAGUCCUUAAAUUCACCGCAUUUGAGUGAAGAUAUCUUAAGCAUCUUAUUUCCUAAUUUUAUUUAAAACUAUUGAGUGAAAGUUCACUUUGUUGAAAAGUUUUAUCCACAUUAAGGGCCUGUUUACAUGGAGGUGGGGAACCCCAGGUAGGCGGGGUAACCUGCUUAGGUGGGGUAACCUGCCUGUCCAUAUAAUGUCUCAUUUUAAUUUGAUCACAUUUACAUGAUUAUAUGGACAGACAUGUCCAACCUAAGUGUGUUACCUCACUCACCUGGGGUUCCCCACCUCCAUGUAAACAGGCCCUAACACAUUCUUGUCCAUUUCUACAUUUUUACCAGGUUAAUGUAGGAUGUGUUCCCAAGAAGGUUAGUGAUUCUACUGGAUGAUCACCAUCCAGCAAUAAUGUUAGUUUAUUUUUACUUUCUUAAAUACUCUGCAAAUGAAGGAAACUAUGCUUUCAUUAAUAUUCUAAGUAGACCUCUCAGGGAAAUUAUCUACUUAUAAAUAAACUGGCCCCGGUUGUUCAAAUGUUGGAUAAAUCAUAAUGCCAUUCACCAGAUAAAUAACUAUCCAGCAUAAAGUAUUAGGGAAACCAAUUGUGUUAUCGACUGGAUAGAGAUUUACCCACUGGAGAGCGCUAACCACUUUUCGAACAACUUGGCCCUGGAGUACAUCCAGCUAUAAUAACUGGUUCUCACAUCCUUCUUCGGACAGACCUAACUGUAGCAAACAUGAAUUAAUAGAUUUUUGAAUUCUUGUCACAACUCUCUUCCUCAUGAAUUUUUUUUAUCAUAAAAAUUAAUGCACCUUCCUGGUGCAAUAUUGCUCUACAUAUUAAUGUCAUUAUCUUUUGCCCCAUUGUAGGUGAUGUUUAACACUGCCGUGCAUGCUGAAUAUAUACAUGAUCAUGCAGAUUAUGGGUUUGAUGUCACUCUGAACAACUUCUCUUGGGAGUAAGCAUAUAUUUUGUUCUGAAAUCUAUCAUCAUCAGCUGACUAAAAAUGUUUUCAAUGUACUAAACAUUCUUAAUGAGAAAAGUGUGUAAUAUUAUGGUUUUUAUUAUAGAUCAGUGAAAAAUUCAAGAGAUGCUUAUGUCAAGAGACUAAAUGGCAUUUAUGAAAACAAUUUGCAAAAGGUAAUACUUUCUAUUGUAAAUUAAAAUAUUGAUUAGAAUAUUAUAGUUACAGUGUUUUUCUUGGUAAGAGAAUUUGCAGCCAAAUAAUGAGGUGUAAAAAAAGCUCUUCUAAAAAAUUUUUUCUUCACUGAUACAGUAACCUUUGAUCGAUCAAUUGAUUGAUUGAUUGAUUUUACUAUAACUUAGAAGAGUUUAAUUUGGUUUUUACUGUACAUUAAUUUCAAAGGACAAGGUGGAGUAUAUUGUUGGCCAUGCAGUGUUUACACCAGAAGGAAAUGUUAAAGUUGGUGACAAUGUGUACAGUGCCAAACACAUUCUGAUUGCUUGUGGAGGGCGACCAACAAUACCCAAUUUUCUGGGUGAGACAUGAGGAUAACCAAUGCAAAAUUUGUGUUAGUUUAAUAAUAAUUUGUUGUAUGAUAAUAUUAUUAGCAUAAUUUUUGCACAAAAUCUCAGGGAUUGUGAAAGAAAAAACUGCUAAGCUGACAUUUACUAGUUGAAUAACAUAAACUGCAUUCAUGUAUUUUGUAAGAUCACGGUCUAAUAUUAAUUUUAAUAAGCUUAAUCACGAGAUUGCAUGAUUUUGUGCGAAAUGCAGAAGCUUAUUCUUGAUACAUCAAGCCUUGGCUUAUUUUUGACUUUUUUUCUUUACUGAAUAGUUUCACCAGAAAAAACAAAUAUUAAAAAAGCACAAAAAUCCAACAAGUCUGCCUGUUCACAUACACCCUGUAGAUAGCAAUGACCUUUGAUGAACAUGCAGUUUGCUCAAUUUAUCCCCAACAGGCUGCCAAUAUGGUAUCACCAGCGAUGGCUUCUUUGAAUUAGAGGAUCUUCCAAAGUACGUAGGUGUCAGUGAUGUGAUGAUCCUUGAUUAUUAAAUUGUCGAGAUGGUUCUCCAUGAAUUUCAGGCUUAGUGUCUUCCUCUGGUACCCUGGAACACUGGAACCCAACCCUUAACCCACAGCAAAACAAGAUGAAAUACAUCUUAGACUAAGCACCAAACUAUUAACUAUAAACUAGACUGUGACUAUAGAACUCUCCCCAAUCGUCCACUGCAGCUAAGGGCUUUUUUCCCCAAAAAUCAUACCCAUCCUUGUGCUUCUGUUUUUACCUGGUGAUACCAUUAUUUUUGUUUGUUAUUUGAACAUCAGGAAAGUAGCUGUCAUUGGAGCAGGGUAUAUAGCAGUGGAGCUGGCAGGAAUAUUGAAUGCUCUUGGUUCUAAGGUCUCAUCACUUAUCAGAUAUGAUAAGGUAACCAUUUGACAACAGUACUGUAUACUACUACUAUAUGUAAAUAUAACCCGGGUAAAUAUGGCCACUAAUGGACCAUUAAAAUAUAAAGCUUUUUAACAGGGUGCCAUACAGUGUACUAGUGAAGAAGGGUCAUAUUUCAUGGCUAGUAAAUAAGUUUCUUUUCUCACUGUUUUCUUCUACAUCAGUUAUCACUGGUCUGUCCUUUAAAAAUAUGCAUGUUUGAUUUGUUUGGCUGUAUUAAAGUGGUGCAGCGUUCGCACGCACCUUGAAAGUCCUUCAAUUGAAAAUCUUUGAAUUUUACAAUAAAGAUUCAAGGCUGUGAAAGUCUUUGAAAAUUGCAGUUGGUGCUGGAAUGUCCUUGAAUUUCGGUGCUAACUUUAUCCAACCCAGAUUCCUAAGUGCCUAAUUUGAAAAUGAAAUUACUCAUGUUGUGGAAGAACUAAAAAAGACAUAGACUCAAGACUCUUUUUUGCACUGAAUGGGGUCCUUGAAAAUGGGAAAUGUGUCCUUGAAAGUCCUUGAAUUUUUUGUUCAAAAAAGGGUACAAACCAUGGUGGUGAAUUUGUGGAGAGAUGUGUACGUAGGAAUUUGAUAUUAAUAUACCUGCCAACUCUCACGCCUGCGGGUUGAAAACUUCGAUCUCACGCCGGCUCACGCCUGCGGGCCAAUUUCUCACGCCUGAUUGAAACAUGUGAGUUGUUGCCAUCCUGCUUGACACAAUUUCCAAAAAUAUGUUAACUCAGACCCAUGUAAGGAACGAAAACCAUGUGUAAAAUGAAUAAAUGGCAAUACCUUCCUCGCGAUCUCUGAUUUUUGAAGUGAAAAGCACUGGGAGCGAGCUCGAAUUUGGCAGACUUCGGCAGACUUCGGACGGCUUCGGAAGACUUCGGACGACUUCGGACUUCUUCAGGAAUCUUCGGAAAUGAUCGUGUCGUCUUCAAAAAUCCCAGCACUCCCAGGAUAAAAAUCUCACGCUUAUAUCUCAGAAAAAGUUGGCAGGUAUAUAUUAAUGUGGCUGUUGGCUGUUGGCUGUUGACGGACAGUCGGUUUUUUCUCUCUCGCCUCACACGUGAGGCUCGCGCAGUUCGCGCGCAUAAGACUCUUACGCCACGCGUUACCGAUUUCUUUACUGAUUUGGAGGAAAAAACCGACUGUUUUGCAGUCUAGUGUUAAUGAGGUUUUCUCUUAAACAAAGUGGCCGUAUGGCACUUUUAAAGUCUUAAAUGCCAUUUUUUCUGGUUUGUACCGUCAUGAGGCUAUGCCAUACUUUUUACCAUCUAAAACGUCUCACGUAAAUUAAUCCUGCAACUCGCUCUUCUGAUCAGACUGCAUUAGCUAUUUCUUUUUAAGCAGUUAGUUCUGCUUUGUUUACAGUUACCACUUGUUUCGCCAACCAAAUACAAAAGUGCAGAAUAAAUAAAAGAUCAAACUCAUUGUGAUAUACCGCUCUGCUUUAUGCGACAGGUUCUUCGAACUUUUGACUCGAUGCUGAGUGAAGGAGUCACCAAUGAGAUGGUUAAAGCUGGAAUUGACCUGCAUACUCACACAACUGUACGUGAAACACUAGCAGGUAAGACAGGCAUUUCUGGGGACGCGCAAGUGGGGUUUGGGGUGUAAGUGUGAAGCGUGAGACACGGAAAAAAAGGGCAACGGAAUAAAGUACCUUUUUCCUUCUCUCGUCCUUUGCGCUUUAUGUCCUAAAAUUUUCCUGAGUUUCCCCAGUGAUGCCUGUUGUGCCAAUGCUUUUUUGCGCAUUUGCGUGUAUCUACGACAAUGGAGGUCAAAAGUGUUGGGACCUUUCCAGUGAUAUUACUAAAACUAGCGACCCCUCCCCUCCCACCCCAAAUAAAGUUGAAUUUGGAGCAAAAUGGGUGAAAUUGAGUGCUUUUCUUGGCCACAACAUUGCUAGGGGAAGUGGGGGGACAACGGGAUGAACCCAAAGCCGAACAAAAAAUUGUCCUUAGGAGCAGAGUCCUACGGAACUAUUGCUUGGAAGCGCUUUUUCACACAGUCCAAAGUUCUUUUGUCCUCCAUUGUACCUUUGAGAAAACAAUUCGUAGUCAUGCGCUCAUUUUGUUUUUCUUCUCCAUUUUUAAAAUGGGCAUGGCUUCUCACGAGACUUCAGCCUUCGUGAAUCGUACUAUAUCGUAAAGGAAACUUGGCGUCUAUUUUUGUUAUGGUCAUAAAGUGGAUCGUUAUAAAGCUUAGAAGAUCCUCUACAGACCCACAUAACGUUUAUAAUCGUCCGUUUCGUAUCGUUUCUAAACUUCCGUGGGAAGUGGCGUUUCAUGUGCGCAUAAAUACUGAGCUUGGUCUGCCUGUGGUUGAUUUCUUGGAAGACGGAAAAUGGCCUGGGCGACUGAAAGCUCGUUAUUUGCUCCACUUCCGGGAAUCACCGUUAUCUCUAAGUUUUUCUCUUUAAUUCAAAACUGGAUUGUUUUAAUUGUGGUUGAUAUUUCCUUCCAGAUGGAAGAGGUGACAAAAGACAGCGCCAGUGGUUUAAUGACGCUACACACAUUGAAGAACAAAAAAGACAAGGUUGCCCUAUCUGGAUAUGACUGCGUCAUAUUAGCUAUUGGAAGAGUUCCAAAUACUGACACUCUCAGUCUAGAUGGUCUGGUAAGUGGAAAGACUUAUAAAUAAGAAAAUAAUGGCCGAUUUCUUAAAGGUGUUCUUAUGAUCAUGAAAUGUUAGCCAAAUUUAGCACUUAGCUGGUCAUGGAAUUGACUAAGGCUUUGUUUACACUUAUAGCGGAUGGCUUAAGCGCCAGCACGCAUAAGAAAGGUGAUUUUUGGCGCGAAUUCUGUAACGGAGCGACGCUACACCGCGGCGAUCUCCAGAGUGGAGAGACACUUAUCGGUUAGGUGUUCAUACUCUGAUACUGGAUAGCUUUUCUUGUCGGCUCAAUAAGCUAUCCGUUACUGUGUGAAUAUUUCUUUGUUAACUUACAUCAUUUAGUGUCAAUAAUUAAAAGACUUUUUACUAUUUUCUUUUGCCUCUUUGAAGGGUUCAGGGCUCUAGUUAUUGAUGAAAUUAAACAAAACCACGAUGUAUUUUCAAAACAAUAGGGACCUUAAGAUCCAACGACGGUGACCGUAACGAGAACGUCACAAAAGCAAUAGGUUUAAUAACUACUGUACUGUAGUGGAAAAUAGUCGACAACCAAAACAACAAUUUGCAAGGGUAAACGGCACAUUUCGUCCAAAAACGACGUGAAGAUCGUUCGUCUUAGCUAAGUCGCGUCUUUCUUUUGAAUGACGAAACGUGCCGUUUUCAUAUUUGACAAAGUUAAUGACUUGGAUUUUACUGAAUCGCGAUGAAGAUUAAAGAACGCGUCUUAUUUUUCUCUGCCGUCGCCAUAUAAAUGGCCCUAUUGAGUUGGACAACACGAUGCCCUGUUACCAUCAUAAAGUCACACUCAUUCUCGUUUCUCUUCUAUUGUAGGGCAUAAAUCUGGACAAAAAAGGACAUAUCUUGGUUGACGAGGUACGUCUACGAACUCACCAGUCUUAAAUUUUGUCCCCAAACCCAGCUAAGGCCAAAGAAGUUAUUUGCUUUACAUUGUAAAAGCCCUGUCCGUGAGUUAUUAGCCUGCGCCACAGACGAAACUUUUUAACUCUGGUUAAAUGACGUCUGCGAGGCAGGUUAUGAGUUAUCUGCCAGUCAUACUAUUCUAAUUUUUUUCAGUUCCAAAACACGUCAAAACCCGGUGUCUAUGCAUUGGGAGAUGUAUGUGGAAGAGCUUUACUCACGCCUGUGGCAAUUGCAGCGGGAAGGAAAUUGGCUCACAGAUUGUUCGACGGCAAGACAGAUUGGAAGUUGGAUUAUGACAAUAUUCCAACUGUCGUAUUCAGUCAUCCUCCAUUAGGAACUGUUGGACUAACACAAGGUACCGCGAUAUUUAGCUUGCCUGCCGAGCAGGCGUUCGAAAACAAAGGGAGAGGUGAACUGGGGCUCGCGAGAAGCGCAAAGGGUGCGCGAGGGGGAAUUAGAAUUCUCUUGCUGCCCAAAUCUUGGCCACAUGAGAAGCGGAACAAACUUCCAUUGUGAUACGUAAAAACUUUGAGAAAUUUGGGCGACUAGGAAAUCUUAUUUUUUGAUAAAAAUCAUAUGGUGGGCACCCUGGAUUUCACAGGUUAAGAACAGCCUGGCAUACAAAUUUAGAUAAAUUUUGAAAAGGAUCUAGAAAACGUCUUUUUCGUUUACCCGAAUGCGCUGCGUUUCAGUUCCUCCUAGUUAUUGUUUAUUUAUUUAUUUAUUUUCUUUUUUGUUUACUUCAGAGGAAGCCGAAGAGAAAUACGGGAAAGAUAAAAUAAAGGUUUACAAAACAUCUUUUACCAACAUGUAUCACGCACUUACAAAACGCAAAACAGGAACACUGAUGAAGCUUGUUUGCCUUCUACCGGAAGAAAGGGUACGGCGAAAUAUAUAACAUCUUUUUUUGAUAUUUUUUGGUUUUCCUUGACAGUGAAAACUUGUUCGUGUGAGUCAGGCUUUCACUGGUUGCUUGUUUUUGUUGUGGUUGUUGUUUGUUUUCAUAAUUUCCAGUUGCACGUGCAAAUCGUGUUGUUCUGUCAUCCACGUGCAAAUUGCACGUGCAUAUUGUUGCGUGCAAAACGUGCAUAUUGGUUUGACAAACCUGCAUGUAAGGAUUGUUUUUCAGGUUUCCCUCAUACAAAUGUUUUCAUUUUUCAUCAUUUCUCUUCUUUUCCCUCAGGUCAUUGGACUGCACAUUUUGGGAAUAGGCUGCGAUGAAAUGCUGCAGGGCUUUUCCGUAGCGGUUAAAAUGGGAGCAACAAAGAAAGAUUUUGAUGCUACUGUGGCGAUUCACCCUACAUCCUCUGAAGAACUGGUUACAAUGCGCUGAUUCGAUUUAGUUUAACAGUGGAUCCUCGAUAUAACGAUAAACCAAGGGACUUGCAAAUUUGUUCGCUUUUACGAGGUUUUGUUAAAUCGAGGUUCUUUUUCAUAUAUUUUACUGUUAAAAAUCGUUCGAAAUUCGUUCGUUUUACCGAUGACUUCGUUUUAUAUCGAGGUUCCACUGUAUUACAUACCUUGCAUUUACAGACUCUUUACAGACCAAUCACAAGUUGAACCAAAGCCAAUCGUGGUUUCCCAUUCGUAUUUUCCCGCGCUUCCAGCGCCGUAUGCAGAAAUUCACCCCGAACCAUCGCCUAGAAUGCUACUGUUUCUCACAACUGGCACUUAUAGUGCCCAAUUCUCAGCUGUGCACAUUCGUCAGAUCAGAGGUGUGAUUGGCUCUCUAGAUUUUCCACGUGAUCCCUGAUUCGUCAAGUUUUAUAUUAUGUGCUUGUGUUUUGUUUUCGUUUUACAAACGAAACUUGUUUUGUACCCGCUGAUACAAAUAGUUUAAGCUCAGUUGGAAAAUUUUGUACUGGAAAAUCUGGCCAACAGCCUGUUGUAAAAUAUGUCAAUAAAAGAGUGGCAGAGCGGUGAAACGCAAAUGACCUGUGUAAGGCAUGUACUUUGUGCAACGUUUAAACGUGUAGUGUUACGCGUUUAUAGGGAUACAGUGCGCAGUUUUACUGAUUUGUAGAUAAGUAUAUCUAGCCGCGUUUUUGAGAGUUUGCAGCUAUUUGAGUGAAAAAGGGCAAAAUGGCAGAUUUUUUGCGUCGAAUAAGCUCGAAAAUAACAAUUUCAAAGGAAAAAGAACCAGAAAAAGCUAGGAUGACGAAAGGAAAAUUAAUGAUUGCACUCUUAGUUUUUAUAUUAGGCACUUUAGAGAUUUUUUUUGGCCGAAAGCAGCUGCUUGAGACAAGAGGUGUAUUUGGCGGCAACGUUUUCAUAAAUCCAGCUAGAUAUAUUCUCAUAGAUGGGGAAAUAAAAUCAAAUAAAAGUUGAUGAGAUACCAG